ACACCAAUCUCUUUGGCUGAAGCUGGGUUUUAUUACCUUCAAUACGAAGAUACUGUAGAAUGUUUUGUGUGUCGAUAUAAACUGAAAGAAUGGCAGUCUGACGAUUGUGCUUGGGAUGAACAUCGACGUCAUUCCCCACACUGUCUUUACCUGAAA